CCGUGUCCACGCUCCACUUCCCACACCCCUUCCUUCCCCUGUUUCACUCCAACUUUCCUCGCAUUCCUCUGCUUCGGUAGACCGUAAAAAAUGGCAGCCUCCCUGCCGUCCCUCUCGCCCGCGCCGACGCCGUCGCCGGCGGCCACCACCUUGGCCAGCAACCUCCUCUCCUUCCCCGCCCCGCGGCCGCGCCUCGCCGCCACGCACCGCCGCGCGGUCGUGGCCGCGGCCUCGUCCAGGCCCCCUCCCCCUCCGCCGCCGUCCCCGGAAGGAGGGGACGAGGAGGUGGAGAGGGCCAUGGGGAUGGACGGCGGCAUCCCCGGGACCUCCGGCGAGCUGCUGCGCCGCGUCUCCUCCCGCGCCUACGGCAUGCGCCGCCACCUCAUGGAGUCGCUCGACUCCCUCGCCUACGACGUGUUGGAGACAAACCCAUGGAGAGAACAACACCCAAAACCAGUCUAUGUGCUGGCUAGAAGAGACAAUCAACUAUGGACAAUGAAAACCCGUAGGAACCGCAGUGAAGUCGAAAGGGAACUUGGAAUGCUUUUCUCAAGGGGAGGAGGUUCAGGAGUUGGGACUAAAUCAAAGUACUCUGGCUCCAAGUUUAGUAUGGUUGUUGAAGAUCUCACAGAGGGAGUACUGGUGUUUGAAGACGAGGACGAUGCUGCAAAGUACUGUGACCUUCUACAGGGCGGUGGUCAAGGAUGUGAGGGAAUUGCAGAGCUAGAGGCUUCAUCAGUUUUCAACAUGUGCCGUCAAAUGAAAGCUCUCGCUGUCCUUUUCCGGCGUGGAAGGACGCCUCCAACGCCUCAAAGCCUCGAGCGUGACCUGAGGGCGAGAAACCGGUCACUGGAAGACUAGGAGGAUCUUUGGGACACACGGUGUAGAUAUGUCAAUUGUAUUCUUCUAGCUGUUGAAGCACAGGCCCUAUGCCCUAUAUACUAAAUGGUACAUAGAUGAUUCAAGCCACACGAAAAAUGGGUGAAAAAUAACUGGUAUAUAGAUUCAAUGAUAGCCAAGAUAGAGUGGAAGUCAAGUCUGACCGAGUACAUAUUUAGCUUGAGAUUAGCAAUCUCUGUAAAACUGAAUAUUCUUGUAAUUAUUUACAUUGUUUACAGUGAAUAAAUGAGAUUUUAAGUUACCACUA